UUAGGCUGAUUAAAGUAGUUGAGAUAAGACUAAUGAUGAUGAUAAUAAUGAGAGGAAUUUAAGAAAAAAAAAGUAUUUCAUGAGAACUAUAACUAUUGCCAAUCCCUUGAAAGCUAAUGCAUAUACAGUACUGAGAAACAGUACGAUACUUGACGCAGCCAUGCUUCAAACCAAAGCCUCCUCAUGAACAAGCUUCAAGCCACCGCAUCAAACACUUUGCGUAUAAGCUACUUGCAAUACAAAUCAAUAUAUAAUGCUUAAGAACCAUAAACCAUAGUAAAGAAACAUGCAGUCCUCCAUCAUGUAUCUAUCUUUCCUCUUCUUCUCCCUCGUCCUCUUCUCCAGCUCUGCAAUUCCCAGCGAAUUCUCCAUUGUGGGCUACAGAGAGGGGGACCUGACGUCCCAUGAUAGCCUGAUUGAUCUGUUUGAAUCAUGGAUGGCUAAGCACAAUAAGUCAUAUGACACCAUUAAGGAGAUGAUGAGAAGGUUUGAAGUUUUCAAGGAUAAUCUAAAGCAUAUUGAUGAGACAAACAAGAAGAGAACCAGUUACUGGCUUGGACUCAAUGAGUUUGCUGACCUCAGUCAUGAGGAGUUCAAGAUGAUGUAUCUUGGUCUGAAGCCCAACUUCACGAGAAGACAGGAAGCCACUUCAAGUGAUAAAAGAGAAUUCAUGUAUGAGAAUGCUGUAGACUUGCCAAAGUCUGUGGACUGGAGGAAGAAAGGAGCCAUCACCCCUGUCAAGAAUCAGGGAGCAUGUGGUAGUUGCUGGGCAUUCUCUACGGUGGUGGCGGUGGAGGGAAUAAACAAGAUCAUGACAGGGAACCUGACAUCACUUUCAGAGCAGGAGUUAAUAGACUGUGACAAGCCACUCAACAAUGGUUGCAAUGGAGGGUUGAUGGACUACGCUUUCCAGUAUAUAGUCUCAAGUGGGGGACUCCACACUGAGGAUGACUACCCCUAUCUCAUGGAGGAAGGCACAUGUGAUGACAAGAGGGGAGCGUUGCAAGUUGUGACCAUUACUGGAUAUGAAAAUGUGCCAGAGAACAAUGAAGCCAGCCUUUUGAAAGCAUUGGCGCACCAGCCAGUGAGUGUUGCCAUUGAAGCCUCUGGCAGAGAUUUCCAGUUUUAUACUGGGGGGAUCUUUGAUGGUCCUUGUGGUACUGAGCUGGAUCAUGGAGUUGCAGCUGUUGGAUAUGGAUCAAGCAAGAGUGAAGACUACAUCAUUGUUAAGAAUUCAUGGGGCUCCAAGUGGGGAGAAAAGGGUUAUAUUAGGAUGAAAAGAAGCACAGAAAAUAAGGAGGGACUGUGUGGCAUCAACAAGAUGGCUUCCUACCCUACCAAAAAGAUGUGAACAAUGAAAGAAAGGCCUUGCAUGGUUUUAUCUUCAAGUUAAUUAUAUUCAUAUUUCCCUACAACAGUGUUCCUUCAUCACCCUUAUUUUCGGGGUUAUGUGGAGAUUCAACAGAUUGAAGCUAUGUGAUUGACAUUUCCCUACAGAAACUAAAAAAAAAAAUGUUCUAUUUUAGCGCUGAUAUACUUUGCACAAAUGUUAAGGGAAGUAAAAGUCAGCUCAAUCACUAAAGAAAACAUAAAACACCAAGCCAUUAGGUAAAGAUAAAAUACUGUGAAGUCAAGUCACUACAGGACAUAGCUCACCAGGUCAUCAUGCGGACAUUCAAUAAUUAUACAUAAUAAGAGUAAGAUCAAAUAAGGGAUUGCAAACUGAUAUAACAAGAACCCAAAAAGGUCUCAA